ACAAGACACACAAUUUGUAGUAGUACUUAUCUGGAGUUUAUCCCUUUAACUAAUCACUUGCGCAAUACUUGAAUGCCAUGGCCUUACAUGGUAGGAUACAUAUGCUUACUAUCCAACUCUAUUUGCUAAUUGUGGCAGUAACGCUAGCAUCUGCUCAGGCGCCCAGGCCUACAACCUGCUCCAAGCACUGCGGCGAUGUCGAAAUUCCAUAUCCAUUCGGCAUAGAACCUAGCUGUUACAUGGAGGUGCCGGGACAAGAAGAACAGCAAUUCAAGGUCACCUGUGACCAGGCCACCACGCCACCGUUGCUCAAGUUCUUGAACGGUGAUAUCCUUAACCAAAGUAUCACUGACAUUUCUGUAGGUGUGAAUGAGAUGCAAGUAAUGUUGCCAGCAUCCCGAAACUGCUACCCCAACGGUUCAUACGACUCAUCUUUGUACAGACACAGUCAGCUUAACCUUUCUUCUGGUUAUACCUUCUCAGAUAAAAACAGAGUUUUUAUCAUCGGGUGUAACAAGAUAUCACUGUAUCAAGGUUUUGUUGGCGAAGCCGAACCAGAGCCAACAGAAACCGAGAAAUUGGGGACAAGUGGCGUGAGCUUGUGCCAAGAUCUUCUUGGGCCGUUGACCAAUAAUUGCUCAGGCGUCGGGUGUUCCCAAACUUCCAUCCAUAGAGGACUGCACAAUAUCACGUUGGAUGUGUGGACAAUCGGUACAGGCCUUGCAGACUCAGCGCAGUGGACACUAGACUACCCCUGCAGCUAUGGUUUCAUUGUGGAUGAACGCAAUUUCACCUUCGCCGGGAAUGCUACUUUUAAAAUGUUGGACGGCAGCAGCCUCAGCAAAACGCCGGAGCUUCCGGUGGUUGUUAACUGGGAAAUUGGUAAGGACAACUGUGAAGCUGCCGUUAAAACUCAAAGUUCUUAUGCAUGCAAGGCCGCAGAUAGUGAAUGCGUCAACGGCACUUCCGGUGGAUACUUUUGCCUGUGCAAUAAAGGUUACCAAGGGAACCCAUACAUCCUUGAUGGUUGCGAAGAUGUUAAUGAGUGUACUAAUAAAACAGUCUGCCAUCCUACUUCAACAUGCGAGAACUUAGUAGGAAAUUACACUUGCAAAUGCCCCAAAGGCCAAACAAAUAACGGCGAUUACAACAGUGCUUGUGUCAAAAUCACGGGAAAUUCAAAGAAUACUGCCCUCCAAAUUUCGUUAGGUGUCUGUUUAAGCUUUGUGGUGAUACUUGUUGUAUCAUUUUGGAUGUACUGCGGAAUUAAAAGAAAAAGAUUCAAUCAACUCAAAGAGAGGUACUUCGAAAACAAUGGUGGUCAUUUGUUACAACAACGACUGAAGGAUCUCGCCAGCACUGGAACUCAAGUACCCAAAAUCUUUACGGAACAAGAGCUUAAGAUUGCCACAAACAACUUUGCUGACAGCGGAAAAAUUGGUGAAGGAGGGUAUGGAUUAGUUUACAAAGGAACAUUGCCGGAUAAAAAGGAAGUUGCCAUUAAGGUUUCAAAGAGUACUGCCCCAAUGACCCAAAGUAAUCAGUUCGUUAAUGAGGUGAUUAUUCUUUCUCAAAUCAACCAUAGAAAUGUGGUGAGGCUCCUAGGUUGUUGCCUACAGACUCAAAUGCCUUAUUUAGUUUACGAGUUCGUUAGCAAUGGUACACUAUAUGAGCACAUUCACAAAAAGAACGACAAGGGUCCGCUUUCUUUUCGGUUACGAAUGAAGAUAGCAACAGAAACAGCCGGAUCGCUAGCAUACUUGCACUACCACCAUUCCACGCAAAUCGUGCACCGAGAUGUGAAGGCAACUAACAUCCUACUGGAUGAAAAUUACACAGCCAAAGUGUCAGACUUUGGAGCUUCGAAAUUGGUCCCGGAUGAUCAAAAUCAGCUGUCCACUUUGGUGCAAGGUACUCUGGGUUACCUAGACCCUGAAUAUCUCCAGUCAAACACACUCACUGAGAAGAGCGACGUCUACAGUUUUGGUGUUGUCCUCGUCGAGCUGAUAACGAGUCAAGUGGCAAUUUCUCACAACAAGCCGGAGGCAGAGAGAAACCUAGCGAACUGUUUUAUAAUAUCGGUGGAAGAGAAUCGCUUGGAUCAGAUUCUUGAUCAUGAAAUAAUCAAAGAGGGAAGUUUUGAAAUAGCUGAACAAGUGGCCCAUCUCGCCAAAAGAUGUUUAAGUUUGAAGGGAGGGGAUAGGCCUACCAUGAAAGAAGUGGCAUCGGAGCUAGAGGCAAUACUGGCAGUUAUGGCAAAGCAUCCUGGUGGAAAGCCUAACUCCUCUCCGAAAGAGACCGAUUAUUUGCUUGCGGUGUCACCCUCAAACGCUUACGCUGUUGAUGCUAGUGGUGAUGAAGGUGAAGUUAUCACCAGCAUAGAUUACGACCAGAGCAUGCAAGAUCAAUCCCAGAUGAUGAAGCCUUAUGACGGUGGGAGAUAGUUCAUCAAUUGUACGUUCUUAAUUAAUUUGCAUUACUACUUUUGAUUAAUGUCUUUGACGGUGGCCCAUAUCUUUUGUUCAAUAAAAGAUGUAUUCACACUGCUACAUUGCAUAUAACGACAGUUACAUCUGUUGUUAAUUUUCCUUUUUGCGAAAUUGUGAUGUGUAAAAUGUUUUUUUUUAGAAGGUGUAAAAUGUUUGUAAUUCGUCAAAUUUGGUUGACAUCUUUGUAUUCAAUUUUGCACAUGAA